GUAGAAAGUUGUCCGCCAAUUAUUCGAUGUAUAAAAUAUGUAUGUCUGAUUAUUAAUAUCGUUCAUCAAUAUGCGGUGCAAACGAGAAGCCGUUUAUUCGCCGAGUUAUCUUCAUUGUUGGUCGAGUGUGGCUUUUGAUAUACACAUUUUUGGAUGACGCAUUCCAGAGAACCAAGGGCCAGCAGCUUAACUUUCCAUGGAUACACCGUUUGACACUUUCCGAAGCUCGCAUUUGUAACUCUGUAGCAUGCAUCUAGACCGGCAUGGAAUGAAUAUAAAGCAUGUUCAGCCCUUCUAUCUACAUAAGAAAUCGAACCAUCAAACUUCACUUAAGCUUUUUCUAUAAUAGACCUUACUCAUACAUAAUUUAUCUAUCAUUGUAAUAAAAAAAAUCUAUUUCAUACAAUGGCAUCCAAGCUCGGCUCCCCCGAGAGACCUGUUUACACUUUAGCCGAAGGAGUACCAGUUGCGGAUCCGACAACUUCAUUGCAAUUGAACACUUUCGGUCUAGGAGGCCUUGUAUUAUUGCAAGACACACAAUUGAUCGAAACGCUUGCGCAUUUCUCACGAGAGAGAAUUCCAGAGAGAGUAGUUCAUGCCCAGGCUGCUGGCGCUUUUGGAGAAUUUGAAGUUACUCACGACAUUUCGGAUUUGACUUCAGCAGCCUUCUUGAAUGGCAUUGGAAAGAAGACUCCUUGCAUGGUGCGCAUAUCCACAGUUGGAGGAGAAAAAGGAUAUCCAGAUGUCGUGCGAGAUGUGAGAGGCUAUGCCAUGAAAUUUUAUACCGAGGAGGGAAACCAAGACUUCGUCUUCAAUAAUACUCCUAUAUUUUUCAUUCGCGAUCCUCUCAAAUUCCCUUCGCUAAACCGAUCACAUAAACGUCACCCACAAACAAAUGCCCCGGAUGCUGACAUGUUUUGGGAUUUCCACAACAAUAACCCCGAAGGAAUACAUCAGAUCAUGUAUCUCUUCUCCGAUCGAGGAACUCCUGCUUCAUUAAGACAUCUAAACGCGUACAGUGGCCAUACUUAUAAGUUUACUAAGCAAAAUGGCACAUUCAAAUAUGUACGAUUCCACUUUCAUUCGGAUCAAGGAGUGAGGAAUAAUACAGCAGCCGUGGCAGAGAAGCUCUCAGGAACAAAUCCGGAUCACCAUAAGUUGGAUCUUUUUAAUGCCAUCGAACGUGGAGAGUUUCCUAGCUGGACAGCAAGUGUUCAAGUUAUGGAUCCAGAAGAUGCCCAAUCGUUUCGUUGGAACGUGUUUGAUAUGACUAAAGUAUGGCCACAUAGCGAAGUUCCAUUAAGACCUUUUGGUAAAAUGACCCUAAACCGAAACCCAAACAAUUUCUUCACAGACAUCGAACAAGCAGCUUUCUCGCCCUCGAAUAUGGUACCAGGUAUUGCGCCAUCUGCAGAUCCAGUUCUCCAAGCCCGUCUUUUUUCAUAUCCAGAUGCCGCUCGCUACCGCCUUGGCACAAAUUAUCAGCAACUCCAAUCCAACGCUCCUCAUUGUCCCGUCUACACACCAUAUCAACGCGAUGGUCUUUCUUCAAUCAACGGUAACUAUGGCCCCGAUCCAAAUUAUGUCCGAUCGAGCUUCGUACCACUUGCUCCUGUGACCAAAAAUGCUCAGGCCGUGCAUAAUAUUCAACAUGAGCUCUGGAGCGGAAAAGUAACGGCGUUUACGAGUGAAGUUGUAGACGAUGAUUUUAUACAGCCGAGGUAUUUUUGGAGAGAGGUUCUAGGAAAACAGGAAGGUCAGCAGGAAAACCUGGUGGGCAAUGUUGCGGGGGAGUUCGCGAAUGUCAAGCAUGAGAGAGUUAGAAGGGAGGCUAUUGAGAUCUUUAGGAGGGUUGAUGAAGAUUUGGCAAAGAGAAUAGAGAAGAAAAUUGUAGAGUUGUCAAAUGCUUGAGCAAUGAGCAGGUGCCAGAAGGGUUGAAGGGCUGAAGGGUUCAUUUGGCAGAAGUGAUUGUUAUGAUACAUCGCAACAAGAAUUUAUCCCGAGAAUCGAUAGGUCUAAUAAAACUUGUCGUAACA